AUGGUGCACAACCAGAAGACCCCUUCACAGCACAACUCCACGUUGUUCAUAUCGCCGAUGGUCAACAACCGACGCCAAGACCUAUUUAUCACUCCACCCAACCCUGCAUCGACCUUGUUUGACACCCCGGGAUCAAACCACUCUCUGUUCUUCAAUUUAGAAAGGGUAAACGGAGAAGCCAAUGCAUCCACAGAGCCUCCGCAGCAGCACAGUCGAUUAUCAACGGUACUGGAGCCCUUGACCCAGGCAGAGAAACUUCGUCUCUGGAGACACGAUGCGUUAAUGCAGCAUCAUUACAAAACUGCUGAGUUUAUUGGGGAUAAAGUGUUGGCGUUGACUGACGAUCCCAACGAUGCCUUCUGGCUUGCACAGGUGUACAUCAAUAACGGAAGCUACCUUCGUGCUAAGCUGUUACUCACCAGCAAACCGGAAUUCGAGAAAUCGGUCAGCUGUAGGUAUUUGGCUAGUUUGUGCCUAGUGAAGUUGGAAUUAUGGGAAGACGCUCUUGAUCUAGUUGGCGAGUCCAAUCCAUUCCGCAAGGAUGACAAUUACCAGGUCAGAAAUGCCGAUGGAGGUAUCAAGUUAGAGGCAUCAAUGUGCUACUUGAGAGGGUUGAUUUACGCAAAUCAGAAUAAUUUCGAAAAAGCUAAAGAAUGCUAUAAGGAAGCUGUAUUAGUAGAUGUCAAGUGUUUUGAAGCUUUUAACGAAUUGAUAUCUAACAACUUAAUGACACCCAGUGAGGAAUGGGAGUUUAUUACUACACUUAACUAUAGAGAUGCCGACGAUAAUGACGAGUUGAUCAAGUUGCUAUACACAUCGAAAUUAAGCAAAUACCUCAAUAUUGCUAAGUUUAACGAAGCUGAAACUAUUUUGAAAGAGGAGUACGAAUUGGGCGAGAAUUGUGAUAUUUUGUUGAGCAAAGCUGACUACUAUUAUAUCCAAUGCAGUUUUGAUGAAUGCCUUGUUGUUUGUGAGAAAAUUUUGAGCAUGGAUCAAUUUAAUUUUGAUGUCAUUCCCAAUUACUUGAGUUGUUUAUACGAAUUGGGAGGAAAGAAUAAGCUUUUCUUGAAGGCACAUCAAUUAGCCGAGAAUCAUGCAAACAAUCCAAUGACUUGGCUAGCGAUAGGAAUAUACUACUUGUCCAUCAACAAAAUAAUUGAGGCUAGAAAGUUCUUCAGCAAAGCUACCUUGCUUAAUCCAAACUUUGGGCAUGCAUGGAUUGGAUUUGCUCACACAUUCGCAGCAGAAGGGGAGCAUGAACAAGCGAUUAGUGCUUAUGCAUUUGCAGCCAGAUUGUUCCCUGGGACUCACUUGCCUAAUCUUUUCUUGGGUAUGCAACAUUUGCAAAUGAGCAAUUUGAAUCUAGCUGAAGAGUAUUUGCUUGCAUCUUACCAAAUAUGCUCCUCUGAUCCAUUGUUACUCAAUGAAUUAGGUGUUAUUAAUUUUCACAAGAAUAAUCUCAUGAAGGCUGAAUUGUUUUUGCAGGAGGCAUUGGGCGCAGCUAAGUAUUUGAACUCGGACUCCAAGACCUGGAUUUCUAUUCACACCAACUUGGGCCAUGUGUAUCGCAGGGGAAGCCAACCAUACAAGGCAUUAGACUGUUUCAACCAGGUCCUCAAAAUCAGCAACCGUAACGAUUGCAAUAUUCUCUCUGCCAUGGGGCUUAUCUAUCUCAAGUUGGGUAACUAUUUCCGGGCAAUUGAUAUACUACACGAUGCAUUGGCGAUCUCACCAUCGGACCCAGUUGCUUCGGACUUGCUUAAAAGAACUCUUGAAGCCAAUACUAGCAGCGACCUGUUUGCUAAUCAUUCCGAUCGCAUCUUCCAGCUCAACUUGCCCACGCUCCAACACAAGAAACCGUCUGCGAAGAAGAGCAAGUUUUUGACGCCUUUGACCAACAAGACGAAGGCCCACCUGUCGGAACACGAGCACAGUGUGGAUGAUGUGCAUGCGGCUGCCAAUGCGUUGCUUAAGGGCGAAGAGUCCAGCGAUGACGACGACGAAGUGAUGGAUAUCGAGAGUGACUAG